GCCACCGCCCUCUCUCUCUCUUAGGUUUUUACAGACAGAGAAAUAAGAAACCCUGAAACAGAGAUAAAACAAAACACAAGUUUUGAGUGUUUUUUUUUCUUUCUCAGCAUCUCUCUUCUCUCUCUGUCCUUCUUAAACAACAACAACCGCCUUUAUUACACAAAAGCACCUCCCCCCCCUCUCUCUCUCUCUUAUAAUCUCUCUCACCAUUUCUCUUCUUCUCUUCAGAAAGAAACUCAUAAAGGAGAAGAACAAAAGAGUUGAGUUUGAAACUCUUUUCUCUCUCUCUCUAUCUCUAUAUCUAUAACCAUAGUUGUGUCUGUGAAAACACACACAAAUCUAAGAAGAAGUUAUGAAUAAACAAGAUGUUAUGAAACUUCAGACAUGUGUACUGAAAGUGAACGUACACUGUGAAGGGUGUAAGCAUAAAGUGAAGAAACAGUUGCAGAAAAUUGAAGGCGUCUACUCUGUAAAAGCAGAUGUAGAACAGGGGAGAGUCACUGUCACCGGAAACGUUGAUCCAGCUCUUCUGGUGAAGAAACUCAGCAAAUCAGGCAAACAUGCCGAGAUCUUAGGCGGUGGUGGAGGCGGGGGCGGAGGAGGGAAAGGGUUCCCUAACAUGAAUGGGCAGUUCGCAAAUCUCAACAUGAAUGGAAAUAGUAAGCCUAAAGGUGGGAAAGAGAGUAACCAAGUGAAGGGUAAAGCUGGUGGAGGAGGAGGAGGAGGUCAGAGUCAUGGACAUGGUCAACCAAUGCAAUUGACUCCUCAGCAGAUUCAACAGAUGAUGAUGAUGAAGGCUGCUGCUGCUCAUGGUGGUGGUGGUAACGGUCAGAUGAAAAUGCCUCCUGUUGCAGCUAAGGACCAGAAGAAGUCUGUUAAGUUUGCGGAAGAUGAUGACGAUGAGUUUAGUGAGGAUGAUUAUGAUGACGAGGACUUCAGUGAGGAUGAUUAUGAUGAUGAUGAUGAGUUCGAUGAUGAUGAAGAUGACGAUGAGGAGAUGGGAGGACAUGGAGGAGGUAAUCACAUGCCUCCUAAUAAGAUGAUGAUGCCUAACAAAAUGCCUCAGAUGGGUGGUGGUGCUGGACCCAAGGGGCCUAAUGAGAUUAUGAUGAUGAUGAAUGGGUUCAAAGGCGGUGCUGCCGGCGGCGGAGGAAAGAAAGGCGGCGGUGGGUUUGAGAUUCCGGUGCAAAUGAAGGGAAUGAGUGAGGGUAAAAAUGGAAAGGAUGGUAAAAAAGGAGCUAAAGGAGGUGACAAGGGUAAGAAAGAAGGGAAAGAGAAUAAAGGAGGUGGGGGCAAAACCGGGAAAACAGAUGCCAAAAGUGGUGGUGGUGGCCUUCUAGGGUUUUUCAAAAAGGGUAGCAGUGGGAAAGGAGAUGAGAAGAAGAGCGGAGGGAAGAAAGAUGGGGCUGGGGGUAAUAAAGUCAAAGCACCUGGUGGGGGAGGAGGUGGAGUUCAGCAUUAUGAUAGUGGGCCUAAAAAAGGUGGAGGUGGGUCUAAAGGCGGAGCCCAUGGGGGCCAUGAUAUUGAUGAGCUCAUGAAGCAGCACAGCAAAGGAGGGGGUGGAGGUAACAAGGCCAAUCAUAACCAUGGCGCCAAAGGGAUUGGUGGUCCAAUGGGACAAGGCGGUCCGAUGGGCCCUGGUGGUCCGAUGGGUAUGAUGGGUCCAGGCGGUCCAAUGGGUAUGAUGGGUCCAGGUGGUCCGAUGGGACCGAUGGGACAGGGCGGAGCUUACCCGGCGGUUCAAGGCUUACCGAUGAGCGGCGGCGGGGGUUACUAUCCACCACCACCUCAGGCAAACCAUCAAAUGAACCAGCAGCAGUAUAUGCAAAUGAUGAUGAACCACCAGCAACAACAGCAACAACAGCAACAAGCUGCAGCUCAUGGAGGCUAUGGUGGUGGUCACGGUGGCGACAUGUACCAUCCAAUGAUGUAUGCUCGGCCUUAUCCUGCAGUAAAUUACGCUCAUCCGCCUCCAAUGCCUCCUCCUCACUCGGAUUCUUAUACUCAUAUGUUCAGCGAUGAGAAUCCUGGUAGUUGUAGUAUCAUGUAAUGUUAAAUUAGAAUAUGGACAUGAAUGUUUGUCUUAGUCUUACGGUUUUUUUUUUUUUGGCUUGUCCUUAUCUUUGUUUUUUUUGUCUUUCGAGGAUUGGUAACAACAAAAUGUGCUUUAAUUUUGUUAGUGGAAUGAUGUUUAUAAUAUCUCGACUUGGGAAAAGAAUGGUUAUUUAUUG